CCCUCUGCCUCCGUCGAAGAACUCUACCGAUUCCGACGAUCCCAAUGAAAAGGAAGUGUCUUCACCCUCCCUCUGCAACGUCCCCUCUUUCUGCACUUUCUACUGUCGAAGCGGAUUGCGACGUUCCUUGGUGCCUAGAGACAUUGCCUAGCAAAUCCAAAGGGUCCUGGUAAUUCAAUUUGUUUGUUAUUUUAGGAACUAUGAAUUGGUCUCGUUUGGGUGCCGAAUCAACCCUAGUUCCCUUUUGCCUCUCAGCUAUUAUGCCAGGGAUGUUGCAAUAGAGCUUGUUUUGAGUUUUUUGUUUUUUGUUUUUUCGUUUUUGGCGUUUGUCUUGUGUUUAACAAGCAUAGGGACUUGGUUGCUCUGUCCUUGUUUUGCUUCUCUGGGUUUUUUUAAUGAUAAUGAUUUGAUUAGUUAAAUAUGAUGGUAAGAUCUCUCGUUGAUGUGUUACAGAGGCAGAUUUGAGUGUCAAGCUUUUUCCCUUUGCUGUGGACAAUAUCUAUUCUUAAGGUUUGUAGAUGCUGGGUUUCAUCCGUGCCACUUGGAACAGGAUGGCAGAUUGAGUCUUGUGCAGCUUUUGAUUGUGUUUGGUUGUUUUCAGGGUUUCUUUUUUGGUCCAAGCUAGUCUUCGAGAAAGCUUAUAUAAGUUUAGUUAUAUUUUAUAAGAAAAAAAACCCCAGGUCAAUAGCAAGAGGACGCUAACCACGAAGAAACCUUCAAAGGGGAAGCAGGAAAACUAGUAGCCAGCAUAGAUAGCAGCAUCCACAAUGUAGCCGUCGCUGUUCUUAUCUCCCAUUUCUUCUACAUGUACACUACAUGAGCAUAUUAGCCCACCAUCAACAACUUCUAACACUGAUAAUCUUCCCCACUGCAAUUUCCCACAAAAGAUAGCUAUAAGAAUGGUCGUAGCAACACCAGUCCUUCUUUUUCCCAUUCGAGUACUCAUUCAUUAAUUUAAUCCAAGUACCCGGGAAGCACAAAGAUCCCCAGAAAAUCUAAAAAAAAACCCAAAAGCUCUAAUCUACUGAUAUAUAGUCAAGCAUAGUAUCCUGAAUAAAUGACUAGCUUCAAAGUUGAAAUUGUGCUUGUGAGAAGAAGUUGGAAGCUUUGGAAAGAUAAGAACACAAACAGAACUCUUUGAUGGAUGGAGCCAUAGAGUGAGGCUUGUCAUGACCUAGUUAUUAAAGUCCUUACUGUUAUUGGUGGCUUUGCUUAAGACAACAAUUUUGGAAGAGAAAUUGAUGCUUUUGGAUGACAUGUUUUGGCUUAUGCAAUGCUAUCUUUUGAAAGGUGUGGUGACUGCAAAUCAUGGUAGGAUUAGAGUUUGGUCACUUUGUGAGUUCUCCCUUGGUUUAGUGUUCAUAGAUCCCCAGAUAAGAAAAGAACAGAUGGGUCUUUUGUGGUAUUCUUUUCUUACUUGCUGCAAUAACUGCAGACUUGUAUCCACUAUGUAAUUCUUGUUUAAAACUAAUAAAAUGCAUCACCAUAAUAAACCUGAUAACUUCCUUGGAAACACAAUAAUGUCCAUCUUUAUGUAAUUUGCAGGCUGCAGCACACACAAACCAUUUGGAGUUGAGGAAGAAGGCUACGAUCUUAGCAUGGUACAGUGUAGUAUGCCUGCUCACAAGGAAGUAUGGGUGCUUGCUCACAAAAUUGGUCAAGCAAUUUCCUCAUGGCUUAUUUUGUGGUGUUUUCCCAGUGUGUUAAGUCUCUUAACUUUAGACUAGCUUUAUGGGAGGAGCACUUGGGUCUUGUCAUCGUUGUCGUUAAUCAUUUGAUUUUUGUAGUUGUUUUCUUAACGCAUUUGAUAUAAUCUCAUUUUGCAGGUCAAGAUGUUGAAGCUUGUUUGAUGGCGAGACUGGAGGAAGUUAAACAGUAGGUGAAGGAAAGAGUUGGGAUUGGAGGCAGCAUCGGAAGACUGUUACAUUAAUGUUUUCAGUAGUUGGUUGUGGAAGUAAGCCAGGUUCUUCCCUCGGAAUGUAAACUCCUACACAAUCGAUCAUGAGAAUGAAUAUUUGGUCAUUAGAUGGAAUGAGUUUAGUUUAUUGAAUGACAAGCUUUGUUCAAGGUUCAUUUCCACAUAUUUGUGUUCAUUAUUCAGUUUGAGAUCCAUUCAUUUGAUUCCUCAGUGCUGACUUUUAUUACUGGUCAUUUAGUAUGCUGCCAAGAUUCUUUGUUAUGUAUGUAUGUUAAGUCCUUAUAUGGAUAGUACUUUUUCCCCAUUUUGGACCGUCAAACUGAAGCGUUCUUUAGGAUGGAGUUCAAUCUGAAAGAAAUCUUUCUGCAUGGCAUAAAAAGCUGGCAGGAGGCUGAAACUGAAAAAAAAAAGAGGCAGAGUUUAUCUUUUUGCAGAGUCUGAUUCCUUACUUGUAGAUUAACAUCAGUAGUGAAUGAUUGGGGGGGAUGAAUCUCAAAUGUCAUUGGAGUAUGAACAUCAUAAUGAACUUUACCAACAUAUAUGAGAUCCUGUGUAUCAUAGAAAACUAUAAAACUGCAAUUUCAUUGUCCUUUUCUUAGCUCCCCCAUUCUCAUCAUCUACUUCCAUCGUCGAUGGUUGAUCAGUAUCAACAGCCAUCUCGUCGCCUUGCGUACAUUUGAAGUCUCGUAACGUUUGAGCUUUAGAUGCAUCGAGCAGCCUCUCUUUCAGCACACUAGAGAAGUUUUUGUAGAGAGCAAGGAACCGUUCCUAAAUCGCCAAUCAUGGUUGGCAAAGAAUGUCCAGUACCAACAUUAGUAGGUCGAAUGAAAGUGGGAAGAGAUGGUUAUUAAUCUUUCAAAUGAUGUAAUUACCUCGUUUUCGACUGUGGCUCGAGCAAGUAGAGCCUCCUUAGUGUCCAAUGAAUCACGCACGAAUUCUUCCUCUUCUUUGGCUUUGUGAGCAUGAGAUUUCAACCGCUGCAUCUUACAGGGCUAUCCACCCAUAACGGGCUCUCCAUUCAUCAAAGUAAGCUUAGACUCGGAAGCAUCUAACUCUGUUUUGCCCUGGCUGCAGCUUCUUCAGCAACUAGAACAUUCUUCUAGAGAGACAAAACCUCCUUCCUCAAGUCCGACAUACAUUUAUAAGUUUUGCUAAUUGCAUUCCCCAGAAUCUGCAAAAGUUACGAUAAUUAGACAUAUUAAGUCAAAUGCACUUCUUUCAUAAAUAGAUUUAUGGAUGUGUUUGUUUUGGCAAAGAGUAAUGCACUUAGUCAAGCUAACUUUUGAGAAUAACUCUUCAGCCAAUACUAACUUCGUAAAAGAAUUUCUUAUGUGGUGAGACAAACAAAGUUUGGCGCUGACUCUGGAAUAUCUAUACUAGCUGCCAAUUAGUUCUAACAGAGGCUCAAUUUAUUGGAAUAAUCUGCCGAGAAACACCUCUAUUAACAGAACAUAAUUUGCUGGAUAUUAGUAUUGAGAGAGUUAUCCACCCCAUCGUAUAAUUGAAGGUGAGAUCAGGUAGAUCAUAACAACCCGGAUUUAAAAAAUAUUCAGCACAAUGUGAUACUAGAGGAAACUAUCUUAUUUAUUCAAGCAUAUACUUCAAGAGAUAAUCAUCUACAAAACAGGAAUAAAUGAUAUUUAUGAUUAAUAAUAGAUAAUUCAAGCAUUUGAAUUCAUAUCAAACUCUCUUGUUACUGUGGACUAUAAACACACGUAACUCUUUUAUGCCUGUGAGUUUUCGUGUAAGGGUGUAGGGGUUCUGGAGCCACAGGUAAUAGUUAGCUUCCUUAUUUUUUUCUACCCUAUUUCCACAGUUUGGUAUUACAGAUUAAGUUAUGUGGGCAUAUGUUGGAUGAUUGGCAGCAAUUGUUUGGCAGAAUCGACGUGCCGGGUGGAUAGCUAAGGUAUGUGUUCAAUCUGAACAGCAAUUUCUAUAUGAACUUACUAGUGUUAUUUUCAUGUGCAAAUCCGUCUACUAAGCUAAUCAAGAAACCCUGUUCCUAUAAUGCACUAGCACAUAGACAAAAUAGGGAUUCCUCAUACACUGCAGACAUUGGUUCAGCAAUGAGAAUCAAACACCAAAGCAGCCAAUUGGGUUUGAACUGAGAAUCUCCCAACAAGCUUUAGUAAUUGGUUCAGCAAACAUACAGAAUCAAACACCAGUAAUGGUGAUAUAGUCGUAUCUUAGAAUUAAAACGAACAAAGAAGAACUAGUAAGAAUACCUUUUUUUUCGCUGAAAUUGUUCAAAUCCUCCAACACCCUGCUAAUUGCUUCCAAGGCUAGAUUCUGUUCUUUUGCCACUCGCAACAUUGUGAUUUUGUAAUUUCAAAUCGUCAAACUCCGCAUUAUGGGAAUUUUUUGUGGUUAAACUCUGUAUCGAAGAACUCUAGAAUUCAUUAUGAAAAUUUUUGGAGCGCGAUCUGCCUGUGGAGAUCUGUAUAGCAACGACAGCCCAUCGACUGGCCUAUCGACAUUCUUUGCCACUGAUGCAUGCUCGGCUUUCGAGUCGGCCAAUUGAGUAGAUUAGUAUUGGCGAGUUCUUCUCAGGGAGUAAAAUAUGAUCUUAGUUUGAACAGAGAAGAAGGUACUUUUGGGCGGCAGAAAAAAUGGAGUAGAAUAGAUCAGCUUGCUCUUGUUCUGAGUCGAAGAAGCGAGAAGAAAAGCGAAGAAAGAAAUCUUUUCAUUUUGUCGAGUUCUCACCGUGACGGCAAUGGUGGAUGAGCGGCGCGCUGGGAGCGUCCAAAAAAACAAAUAAAGAGAUAAGGGGGAUUAAAGAAAAGAAUAUAUAAAAUAAAAAUGAUUAAUUUUUAAAAAUAAAUAAUUACUGAAUAAUCUAUCUAUCUAUAUCUAUCUAUCUAUAAAAUAUAUUAAAGGACUUUCUAAAUGAGACCUAUUCCACGUCAGCCUUAUACUGCUCCCCGCAAGUUUCGGCGAUUUUCUAUUUUUCAUUUAAUUUUUCAUUUCCAAUCUCUGUUCUCUGCUUCGCCUACUAUAUUUUCGCAUUCAUUAUUCUUUUUCCAUUAAACUUUAUUUCACAGCUGUUUCUUUUAUUUUUCAAUUAAUAUUUAAUACUCAUAAUUUUGGUGAAAGCAUUUCCACCUAAUAUAUGAUUUUAAAUGGAUGGUGUUGUGCGAGGGUUAACAGAGUGGUGUGAAAAAUAAAAUUUAAUUCAAGCUAAAAUCAAAGUUUGUAAAAACGUAUUGUAUUAAUGGUCCAAUCGGGAAAAUCUCUUAUCAAAGUCUAAAUCGGUAAACGAUUUUUAGUCGCAUGAAACGAUUGAAACGCAAUUAAACUUCGGUUUUCAACAUAAAAUACCUAUUGUAGACUUUUUUAUACAUCCGAUUUGGUUUUACAAUUCUUGGUGAAAAUAAACUCAAUUUUUACUACGUGUAAUAUGUGUUUUAUAUAUUACAAACAAAUGUUUGUUUAUAACAAAUCAUAAAUGUCACGUACAUUCAAAAUUCAACGAUAUUCAUAACAAUGCGCAUACUUUUACGAGAAUUUUUUUCCAAUCAAACAAAUAUAACUUUAGUAUUCAAGUGAUUUGAAAUAUAUUGAAAAGCAAUAGUGUGUUUAUAUGAAAUAUAUUGAAAAGCUAUAAUGUAUUAUAUACACGCUUUAACCAAUAAUAAAAUAUACUCAAUCAAAAUAUGUGUUAUGCAUGUUUUGAAUCAUGCCGUAGAGGAACAUUUGAACAGAAGAGUUAUGAAAUGUAUAUGUCUAAUGUUUUGGACGGUAAAUCAACAAAAUUUAUUAACGGACUAUAAGAAAACAUCCCGGCCAAUAGGCCGGAGACAAAGCUAGUUGUAAUAAUUAAUCUAUUAAAAUGAUUAAGAUGAUUAACCUAAUGAAAUAUCCACUUCUCAUUUGAUUAUCACUUUUUCCUAUGAAAAUUGUAUCAAGUAUGUACUAUUUGUCAAUAAUUAUAUAGUAAAUAUAAUUAAAUAAUUAUAUAGUAAAAUACAUUAGGGGAAAUUUACCUAUAAAAUAGGUAUAGAUAAUUUAUUUUAUUUCAAAGUUAUUGUUAUGUUUAUUAGUAUGUUAAUAGUCAUAAAUAUAUAAUUAAUUAUUUUAAUGUGGUUUUUUUAUGACAAUUAGGAAGAUGGAAAACACAAAGGAUCAAAGUGCUGAUAUUGCUGGUGUCUUGGAGUCUGUCCAAGCCAUCAAAGAAAUCAUAGUGAGUUUUGACACACGUAUGAAAUUGGUGGAACUACAACUGGAUACUGUAAAGGACCUACAAGAAGAUUUAUUAACAUUCAUGAAGACACAUAGAAGAAGUCUUGGUCUGGAUGCAGAACAUGUCAUGUCUAUGGAAUCAGUUGGUAAUGAGAGUUCGUCAGUGGAGGUAGGUUGACUUUUUUGUUUCGGUUUGAUAUAUAUGCGUUUAUGUUUAGUAAUCUGAUAGUUAGACAAAUAAUGGGGUCGUGGACACUAUAAAUUGAUGUAGUAUUAUUUGACAAAUUCAAGAGGAAGGUAGAGAAUUUAAUCUUAAUGAUGUGUACUCAUCAGCUCGAGAGUUGCGUGCUGAUGCGGAGCGCAAACCAAGCAAGUGGGUAAAAUCUCCAUAUGCAAAUGAAAAAAAAGAGGAAAGUCUUUUUGGUUGGUCCGUUCAAAGUGGGUCGUCCUGCCUCAAUUGAAGACCUUUGGCUGAUCAAGUAUCUGUUCGAAGCUGACAUGAAUGACUGGUUAAAAUCUAUACCUAACUCUAUUUCUAAUGUCAUUGUUUGAUUCUUUGUUUUCACAUACACUAACAUUUGUUUGUUAUAGUGAUGUUGUGGUAUCUAGUACCAACGUGUAUAUUAUGUGUUGACCUAAGGUCCUUAGCUCCCAACCAAAGGAUCGAGUUCGGGGUAAGUAUUGCAUCAUGGUUUAGUUUAACAAAGUUUGAUAUAUGUUGCUAUGAAUUAAGUACACAUUUCAUAUUUAAACUUUACGUUGUGUGUCGAAUUUGUGUAAAAGGUCAUUGAUGGAGUUGUGGGAAAGCUUACUAUCGAGGAGUCUAAAAAGGUUGUUCCUACAAACACAUUCCUACCGACUAUAGUUGGGGUAAUCCACAAGCCCAAUUCGUAUCCAUGGACUUGCUUCUAUUGAUUUCAUAAUACUCUAUGUAUUAAUGUGCUUAUUUGUUGUAGUUGAAGUCUGGAGACACCCAGAUCGAGUUUUUCAAGUAUAUGACUUCUCAAAAGCUGGUAUCGGAAUAUUGUUCAAGGAUCAAAGACUCUGAGCGGGUAUGGUCGCAUUUGAAUGUUGAUUUUUGUUUUAUGAAAGUCCCUUCAAACCAUGUGCAAAAUAGUCAUUUUACCUUACUUUUACUUUUUGUUCUUCUCAGAUUUUCGUACCAAUCUACUUGGCCCUUCACUUUGCCCUUAUGGUCGUUGAUAUAAAAAAUCGUGAAGUAGCAAUUUGGGAUUCAUACCAAACACAUACAAAUGACCCCGAUCUGGAGGCUAAAGCAAAAGAAAUUGUGAGUUGUCGCUUCUCGUUCACAUCUCUUAUUACUUAGUUUUCGCAGAAAUACCAACCUAAAUAUUUUAACACACAUUUUUUUACAAUUACAGGUAACAAUGUUGGACGUUCUAUUUGGUAAGGACUUUAGUGGUAUUCUUGAUGAUGAUCACCCAUUUCAACGCUUUCCCAUUCAGUUUGUAGCGGAGGCCCCUCAACAAUCCAAUGAGUGAGUUACCAUCGUGUGCUUCAUAUAAUGAUUCGGUUUCACGCUACAACGAUAGUGAUAAUAACUACAAUCUAUAUAAUGCCAUUUUUCAUUGGACAGCGAUGAUUCGAGUAUGUUUGUUGUGAAGUUGAUGAUAGGUGCAACAUCGCUAGACACGGCCGCAAGAGAUAUGAGAAAAGAGGUAGCUAUCAUUUAAGAAACCCGUCAGUACAUCAUCGUUAGAGAAAUUUGUGGUGCAAUCUAAUUGACUAUUUGAACUUAUAGUUCCACAGUGAAGAAGAACGACUGAAUUUAGCACUUGAAUUGGUGAAGUGGGAGUUUAACAAGAAGAAGGACGAGAUCGAGGAAGAGGCAAAAAAAUAUGACGCGACUAAAAAGGUUGCACAAACCAAGGGCAAACCAAGGGCUUUGAAAGGACGCAAAGGAAAAAAGUGAAGUGUUGCUAAUCAGUACUCCUCUUAUGUUGCCUUUCCAUUAAUCUCUUUUGUCUUCGAUGAGUUGAUUUCAGUUUACAAUGAUGGAUUCUGUGUUGGCUUAUUUAGAACACUUUGAGAUCAACAAAUCUGGUUUUGUUUUCAUUAUGGAUAGAUUAAUAAUUUGAUUGGAAAUUUUAAUUUUCCUUUUCAUAAUUGGGGGUAUUUAUGAUUUGGCAUUAAUAAUUUGUUUCAAAUUUGUAUUGUGAGACCGAACUUUUGGCUCCAACAUUAUGGCGCCUUAAUUUUGCUAUUUCUAAUUUCUACAAGCUAGACAACUAAGGUUUCUAAUUCCCUCCAACAAAAUCCCCAAAUAUGUGACUCCCACGUCCGUCUCAGACCGCCACCAUCCGCGUGUGUGUCUAUCAUCACCGCCACCCCAGAACCACCCCCGCUACCCCAAUUGCAUUAGAGAGUUCAACGGCGACUACGACGACUGCGGUGGAAUCGUCGACGGCGGCGGCGGUGGAUUCGUCGACGACGACGAGAUCGUUGCGUCGAGGUCCUCCGUGAUCAAUUCGCUCCGUGGGUGCGGCCUGUCGGGGGUCCGAAUCGACAAGGAAGUGCUGAGGAAGAGUGCCAACUUGAUCAGGUUUAUACUACUGCAUCCAAGUAAUUCUGCUGUCAACUGAGAAAUGUUGUGCAAGCUUGAAUUCCCCUGGCCAGACCUUUCAUUAGGUUAUUCUUUUAAAGAGUAUGAUCUUAUAGCCUCAAUUGUUGAUAUUUAAAUGGUUGAUUCUCAUGAUUUGGAAGUUGAAGGGCGGCUGCCUGAGAAAAUGGCUUGCUACGAAGGAGUGUUCUAUAACUACUUCAGCAUAGGGAUGGAUGCCCAAGUUGCCUAUGGCUUUCACCAUUUACGCAAUGAAAAACCGUACCUUGCACAAGGUCCCAUUGCAAACAAGUCAAUAUACUCUGGUUACAGCUGCACCCAGGGAUGGUUUCUCACUCCUUGCAUUAAUGAUCCCAGUCUGAGAGGGCUCAAAAAUAUCUUGAGGAUGCACAUUAAAAAGGUUAAUUGCCGAGAAUGGGAGCAGAUCCCUGUUCCUAAAAGUGUGAGAGCAAUCGUUUGUUUGAACCUUCACAACUAUGGAAGUGGGAGAAAUCCAUGGGGUAAUCCAACUGUUGACUACUUGGAGAAGAGGGGAUUCGUCGAGGCUCAUGUUGACGAUGGUCUCCUAGAAAUUUUUGGUUUGAAGCAAGGGUGGCAUGCAUCAUUUGUGAUGGUCGAACUCAUAUCCGCAAAACACAUAGCCCAGGCUGCAGCAAUCAGACUCGAGAUGAGGGGAGGAGAGUGGAGAGAUUCUUUCCUCCAGAUGGACGGGGAGCCAUGGAAGCAGCCGAUGAGCAGGGAGUACUCAUCAUUUGUAGAAAUAAGGCGGGUACCUCAUCAAUCAGUUAUGAUCAGCGGCGAAUAGUAUGGCCUCCGGAAACCAACAAAAAACCAGUAGCUCUGCUCUAUCAAGGGGAAGAUUUGUCACAUAUUCUUAUCAUGUCACUGGGGAUGAAGGAAGGGGAUCGCUGAAAAAAACUCUGUAACACGAAAAAAAAAAUGGUCUGUCGAUCCCCUGAACCAAAAUCUGUACCAUUUUUUUUACCCUUUCCCCCCAUCUCCACUGAGAGUGCCCCUGAGUGUGUGUCAUUUUAGCUAUAGCCCUCCUGCCUACUGGCAUUCCAUUGUAUCAAUAAUUGACAGUAGGUGUGAGUGAUCACUCUCUCCUGCAGGCUCUGAUCAUGUUGAAAUAUAACCAGAAUUCUCUU